AUGAUUGGUGGUGCAAUUUGGCGUAUCACAAAAAUGGGUGACGAAGAGAUCGUUUAUGCUGUUGAUUUCAAUCACAGAAAGGAACGGCACUUGAAUGGUUGCACAUUUGAAGGCAUUGGUCGGCCGAAUCUAAUGAUAACGGAUGCUUUCAACGCAUUGUAUAGUCAGCCACGCCGAAAGCAACGUGAUGAGCAGCUUGUAACGAGGCUUUUGGGCACCGUACGAGAUGGCGGUGAUGUUAUGGUAGUUAUUGAUACAGCCGGACGAAUACUGGAAAUUGCGCAUCUGCUUGAUCAGUUAUGGAACAAUGCGGAAGCAGGCCUUAUGACGUACAAUUUGGUGAUGCUGAGUUACGUUGCCUCAUCGGUGGUGGAAUUCGCGAAAUCACAAGUUGAAUGGAUGUCUGAUAAAGUGUUAAAAUCAUUUGAAGUUGGCCGCUACAAUCCUUUCCAGUUCCGACAUGUGCAGCUCUGUCAUACUCUUACCGAGCUGAUUCGAGUGAGGAGUCCCAAGGUGGUACUUGUAAGCGGUUUGGAUAUGGAGAGUGGCUUUUCGAGGGAAUUAUUUCUGGAUUGGUGCACUGAUGUCAAGAAUACUGUUAUUAUAACAGGGCGUUCUGGGGAUAGAACUCUUGGCGCGCGAUUAAUUCGUAUGGCAGAGCAGUCAGCUGAAAACCCGAAUGGUUCCAUAAAUCGGAAUCUAACAAUAGAGGUUAAGCGAAGAAUACGCCUGGAUGGCGCUGAGUUAAAAAAUUAUCGCGCAAUGAAACUUGCGGAAGAGCGUGAAGCAACUCGAAUUAGGUUGGAGCACGCUGAUUCAUCAGAAGACAGUGACGAUGAUACAGUGAUGGUGUUGGGCGCUUCUACAGCUGGGGCUGCCGGAAAAAUGUUCGUUGCUUCGAGACACGCAAGUACUGGAGCAGAUAAUGGACAUUUUGGGAAUAACUCUGCCACAGCUUCAGCAGACGUCACAGCAACUCAUAUAGCUGAGCAGCGCUCUCACGAUAUUAUGUGGAAAUGGGAGCAACAGCAGAAGUCAUCGUUUUUCAAGCAAAGCAAAAAAUCGUUUCCGAUGUUUCCGUACAUUGAAGAAAAAACCCGAUGGGACGAUUACGGCGAGGUUAUACGGCCGGAGGAGUACAUGGUAUCGGAUACUGCAGCGUUGCCGCCGCAUCCUGCAGAAUCCAAAGAUGCUGGUGGUGCUGGCUCAGACUGCGAUGAACAAGUUACUCUGUUACAAGAGGAGCGUGAAUGGCCAUCAAAAUGCAUUAGCCAAAUUGUGAAAAUGGAGGUUUUGUGCAAAGUUGAUUUUAUCGAUUUCGAAGGGCGUUCUGACGGUGAAUCGGUGAAAAAAAUUCUUUCACAGAUUAAACCCAAACAAAUGAUCAUUGUGCAUGGCUCAUCGGCAGCCACGCGACAUCUAGCACAAUACGCACAGCAGCAAAACAUCGUACAGGUAAUUCACCCGGAAUUGCUAUCAGCUCUUAUUCCAGAUCACCUGAGAAUGUCAUAG